AUGACCUCCCGCCCAACAACACAAGCGCAGCUCAACCUCGCUGCCCUCGCAUCCCCCUCACCCUCUCCGCGAACGAUGCGAUCUCUGCGCAAGAUACAAUCACAUCAUACACUUUCUUCGAAUACGUCUUCCGACCUUCAAACCAUCACUUCCGCCGCGGGUACCGACGAAUCCUCCCUAGCAACGCAACAACACCACCAGCAACAACAGCAACGGCAAUUAGCAUCACCCGCUCGAAUCCGGACGCAUGGUCGGGGACGGUCGAAUAGUGAUUCGGGCUCUCGGGAGGCAACGCUUACUGUCCCGAGAAAGAGGCGACCAGCUAGGAAGACGGGGUCGGGGAUUGGGGUGAAGAGGUCACUCUUGGAGAGCUAUCUUAGAGAUGGGCCACAGGAUGGGAAUCUUGCAGAGGGGCUACAGGAGUUGAGGUAUUUGGUUUUGUCUACGAGAGUGGAAGCUGAUGCUGAUGGCAUGUCAACGUACCGGGUAUACCUGUGGCUCAUCCUCCUCGAUAUCCCUCCCGUUCCAACAGAUGAAUAUCUUUCUCUGAUCCAUCGUGGCCGUUCACCGGCAUACACCAAGAUCCGCAACGAUACCUUCCGCACUCUGGCGACGGAUCCCCUGUUCAAGCGGCGCGUGACGGAAGCGAGUCUGAUACGACUGUUGAACGCAGUAGCGUGGAAACUCCAAGAUGCGAAGGGCAACCGCCGUCGCAAGUCACGACCUUCCUCGUCUCGCAGACGGGAAAUGGAAUCAUUGAUCAAAACGCCGCCGCGCAUCGCCGAAGAAGACGAAGAUGAAUUUGUCCUUGUCGAUAAUAAUACCACCCUCACCACUCCUUUUACCUCUACUGCUACUACUCCUAAUGAUAAUAACAAUAAUAUCAACGCUCGCGGAAACGUAAGCGAAUCCGCCAUCUACGUCCAGGGCAUGAAUGUCCUCUGUGCUCCGUUCCUCUAUGCCGCCCGCAGCGAAGUUGAGGCCUUUGCGCUUUUUCACCAUUUUGUCACCCACGAAUGUCCCGGAUAUAUCCGCAGCGCAAUGGACGGCGUCCAUCGGGGCUUACGUCUUGUCGACCGGUGUCUGGAAGUCGUUGAGCCAAAAUUAGCCGCCUACCUCUUCUCCAAGGGGAUGCAAGCAGAGCUGUACGCGUUCCCGUCUGUUUUGACGCUGUGCGCGUGCACACCUCCGUUACCUGAAGUGCUUCAUCUGUGGGAUUUUCUGUUUGCGUACGGAUCGCAUUUGAAUAUUUUAUGUAUUGUUGCGCAGUUGAUUAGGAUGAGGGAUACGAUUCUCGAGAGCGCUAGUCCAAACAAAAUCCUACGCUCAUUCCCACCCCUUGACGCCAAGGAAAUCAUCGCCUUGACCGUCCUGAUCGUCCGCAAGAUACCCAGUCCUCUUUAUACGGAGUUGGUGAACCAUGCUAAGUAG